GGAUAAGCCUGGGCUCAGGGUUUUAGGGUUCUUGAAGUCACUCACUUUCACCAUCCACAGAUCUUUAACUUAGAAGCAGUCAUGGCAAGUCUGCUAAUGUCAACACCAUUCCUAGCUUCUCCCACUCAACGCAAGAAAACGAAUAACCUCUCUGUUCAGAGAUCCUUUAAGGUAACAUCUAUGCAGACACCGUUGGAGGAGCUGUACAACGUUAAAGUGGAGCGUAAAGUGUCACAGAGACGGUUAGAUGAGCUUGGUGUUUCGAGGUGGUCGGUUUGGAAGACAGGGAAGUGUAAAUUGCCAUGGGAUUGGCAGGUGGAUCAGCUGGUUUAUAUAGAAGAAGGAGAGGUUCGUGUUGUACCAGAAGGAAGCAAGAGGUAUAUGCAGUUUUUAGCUGGAGAUCUUGUUCGGUACCCUAAAUGGUUAGAGGCUGAUCUUUUCUUUAACGCUCCGUAUAGCGAACGGUAUUGUUUCAAGGCUUAUGGUGAUGAUUGAUUGAAAAGUAGAAUGGUGUUUAGACUCAAUAAAGUUUGAACUUGUGUGUGUGUGUUGUUAUGGCCUGUUGGAUCUUUUUUUUUUGUGAUAGUAUAAGAAAACAGUUCUCUUUUUCUUCUUCAGAAUUUGUAAUGCUGAACAUAACUAAAGAGAGCAGAGAUAAAGAAAUCAAAAGUGAGCUCUCAAAGUUUUUUGUUUUGGAGAGAAUGUA